AUGGCGUCGAUCCUGCCAGACUCUGAUACACAAUCUGCUUCAUCUCGGGCCUCUCCACAUCCAUCGCCAUUGCGGCAUAGCACCAUUCGCGAGGAAUCAGACGACGAGGAAGACGACGAGUACUACAGGGACUACCAGGACGACUACCACCAGGACUACCAAAACGAGUACCACCAGGAGUACCACCAGGAGUACCACCAGGAGUACCACCAGGAGUACCAGCAACAAGGCUACCACCAGGACGGCCACCACCAAGAAGACCACCAUCAUCUCCAUCUCCAGACCGACGUCGACCCCGGAACAACCAUUGCAACCACUGCAACCACCACCAUUGCCGCGCCUGUUCCUCCGGCUGCCAUUCGCACUAGCAUCUCUGCCAGUCACAGCCGUUCCCAGACGCUCGACUACGUAGAUACAUCUGCUCCCACCGUCAUCUCUCCGGUCGUCGCCUCCUCUCUUCCCUUUCGCUUCUCCGGUCCCAUCAAGCGGAAGCCCGUGUCCAGUACCGCGGCGUCGUCCUCGCUUGUCACGCAGUAUCUUGCCCAGGGCUCGCCUCGGGUUAACACCACCACCAUCGAGCUGCCCAAGCCCGGUCACAGAUUCGCGCGGUCACCAUCCGUCGAUAGUCCCACCUUCUACGAGUACCCUGCCUCUGUCAAGGCCCCGGUGCAAGCUCCUCAACAAACAGCGCCGGCGCCAAGCGACGACGAAACAGUCACUGCCUCCGGAAACAAUUCCACCCACGGUGGGCCUUCAUUCGCUGAAACAGCUGACUCGGAGCUCUCUGAUGUCCUGUCAGUGUACGACGAUUUGCUCCCAGAUCUGACUCCCGACGGCACUCCCGACGGUGCUUCUGUCAAAGCUCACAACCACAACCACAUCACGGACGCCACCUCCGACGUCGAGUCCAUUUACGACGACAACUCAAAUCCUCCUUCCUCUCCCCCCAUGUUAGCACCAAUCAAGCACGCACCUCCGCAUCUACGGCUAGAAAAAGUCGACCCCUCCGCAAGGACAGGUGAAGGGCCGGAUACAUACAUAGACGACUCGCCACAGUCAGCUGCAAUAGACGGGUCGCCCAAGCUGAACAAACCGUUACCGCGCUCACCAGGCGCAACCUCUCCACUGGCGUCUAUUUUUGGUUGGGGAAAUCCUUCACCUUCGGUCACGGAUUUCUCGUCCCUCCCCUCCCCGUCUCCUUUGUCACCGACCGCUAAAGGCUCGGCCAAUGACAACCGACGUUCAACGAACAGCUUAUCAUCCAGGCACACAAAGCCCAAUGCAACAUCAACUCUCGCCCAACAACGUGAAUCGUUCUUCUCCACGCACUCACCACACAUUUCCCAAAAUACAGCCUUGGUCGACGAGAUGGAGGAAGAGCUGAAAGCCAUCAGCUCCGAGCUGGCUGCAUCUAUCCGCCGCGAGAUCGACCUGGAAGACCUGGCUGACAGGCUCCAGGAGCAAAUCAACAGCGGCCCCCAGCCGGCCGGCAGCAAGAGAACAAGCGACUACUUUUCCGACUCUGGUCAUAGCACAGCCAAGCUCGGCGAGUUCGAAUUGGGCCGAGAAGAAAUCGAAAAGGUUCAAAGGAGGUCGGAGCAGGAGAAAGCCUCCCUUCGCCUUGAACUGACAUCCAAACUACAAGAAGAGAGGGAAAAGCGGAAGGAUCUCGACCAGAAGAUUAGGCAGCUUCAGGAGAGAGCUUCUGAAGUGGAUGUGGUCGAGAUCAACAACAUCGACGCCAGCGAGCGCAUCAAGGAACUGGAGAACACGUGCGAGGAACUGAGGCGGAAGCUGUCAGAAGAGCGCCAAUCCAAGGCCAAUUUUGAAGACAUUCUAUCUGCCCUCAAGGGUCAGCUGCAGGAAGCCUCCGAUGAGCGAGAUAAUCUCCGUGAUGAGGUCGUUCCGGAGCUGAAGGCGCGAGUCGAAGGCUUGGAGACAGAGGCUGCCGAGUACGCUAAUUUGACUUAUGAGUCCUCCAGGAUGCAGCAGGAGCUUCACACCCUGAAGCGUGAGAACAGCUCACUGCGCAAUUCCAUGGCUGGCGGCUUGGAAGACUUACCCACCAAGCGAAUGUCAGUGAUAGGCUUGUCAGGCCUUUCUGGCCUCGGGGGCUUGUCUAGGUCGAACUCAGUGGGCCUUGGGCGCUCAAACUCGGUUGCAAACCCUCGAAACCGGGCACCUCCCGGAGUUGGUGGUCUCAAGAGAUCCGAUAGCUUCAAGGCUGCUACGCAGGGAGAGUCUAGAGAUACUUUGCUCGAGCGAUUGAAAGACGUGGAAGAGCAGCGUGAUGCUCUUCACGGCGCUCUUAAGAGUCUCUUGGAACGACACGAGUUCCAAAACCGAGAGUACCAGAAGAAGAUUCGAAUGCUGGAGAAUGAGCGCCAGCGACUCACGAAUGUCUCGCCAAGAAAAGCUGGCUUCGAAAAGGAUAUGUCCAAGCUGCGGACGGAAAUCAAUCUCCUUCGACGACGCGCCGAAGACGCUCUCGAGCAAAAAUGGCAGGUUGAAAAGGGCCUUGGCGGCCUGAAGAUUGAUCUUGACCGAGCUGAGGAAGAGAUUCAGUCUCUCCGUGGUCUCCUCGAGGAGAACGAUAUUCUGAUUCCGCCCUCUCUUGCUCGCCAGAGCAGCUCUAGCGACUCUGCACGUGAGCCCGUUACCUCCGAGUCUCUCCGAAAUGCGUACACAGAGCUACAGGCUUCAUACGCCGAGUCUUUGGAGCGCAUCCGCCAGCUGGAAGCGGACUCUAACUCUGACGAGGAGACUAAGGAGGCCAUGGAACGCCUGGAGCGCUCACUCUCCGCCGCAGUUUUGGAGCGUGACGCAGCCAGGAGGGAGAUUGACCAGCAAAAGAUUCAGAUCAAUAUCCUCGCGGCAAGUGAUGCCGAAUCGGUUGCAGCCGACAACACUCUGGCAGAGCAGCUCAAAGAGUCCGCCGAGCUCAUCGAGCAGCUCACAGCUCAGGUUCGACAGCAGCUAGACACCAACUCCGAGCUUCGGGAGCGUCUGGAAGCUGCCGUCGCCAGGGGAGAGGCUGAUCGCAAGACCAACUCGCAGCGCAUUUCGGAGCUCCAGGAGCGUCUUCGUGUUCUGGAGGACCAGGUCGUCGCCGCCCAGACUGCAUCAGAGGACCGUGUAGUCCGCCACGAAGAGGAGAUUACCAGACUGCGUGAGGCGCACAAUGAGCAGCUACGUCGCCUUCAGGCCGACCCCUCUGAUCCCUCUGCGCACAAGUCCGGCCCUAAGCCGCUGCUGAGCACCAAGCCCAUUCCUGCCAAGAGCCUCGAGGAAGAGGCCGAUAUGAAGACGCUUCGGGCGCGUGUCCUUGAGCUUGAAAAGGCCCUUGCCGAAGCCGAGGACGAGAUGCAAGAGGUCGUGGCUAAGAUGAACAUGGCUCAAGUAGAAGUCCUCAACCUCCAGGAGGACCGCGAGGCCGCAGUUCGGGAGACUAGGCGACUUGAACAGCUGCUGAAGAAGGAGCAGUCCAAGGCUGGCUUUGGCGGAUUCUUUUCUGCUCGAAGCUGA